AUGCAAAUUCUGCUGCCUAUGACUGAUAUCCACGGAUCUCCCUCACUAGAGGGAUCACAGCCGGUGGCGAUCUGUACUUAUAACGCACGUACGCUUGCAUCGGAAGCGGCCAUCGAAGAUCUGAUGAUGCAAGCCAAGAAGAUCAAGUACGACGUCAUCGGACUGACCGAGACGAGACGACGUCACCCUCUCAACGCCGUAUAUGAAACUGGAGAAGAACUGUUCUUAGGAACAUGCGACAGUAGAGGUGUUGGUGGAGUUGGCGUCCUCGUCAACACGAGUAUGGCAAAGAACAUCGACUCUUUUGAACAACUUACGACCCGAAUCGGACGUCUGCGGAUGAGAAGAUGUGGCCCAAUACCAGCUUUGACUAUCUUCGUCGUUUACGCUCCAACAUCAAGCUACGAAGAAGAAGAAGUCGAAGCUUUCUAUAUGGACCUGGAGAAGUUCUACCGAGAAGACCAUGCCUUCUACAAGGUCAUAAUUGGCGAUUUCAACGCCAAGGUUGGCCCAAGAAGAACGCCGGAGGAACUUCACAUCGGGACCCACGGCCUACAAUGGAAUGACCAGGGGGAGAGGCUCUCCGAGUUCAUCAUGACGACUAAGACCAUCCAUGGGAACUCCCAAUUCCAGAAGCCCUCCUCUCUACGCUGGACGUGGGAGUCACCUGGUGGAGGGUACCGUAAUGAAAUAGACCACAUCAUCGUCAAUAAAAGGUUCUGCCUGACGGACGUCGGUGUUGUACCAAAGUUCUAUACGGGAUCGGACCAUCGCCUCCUCCGAGGAAGAUUUUCCUUCACAAGGAGAGCAGAGAAAGCCGCCAAGUUCAGAGAGAGAAAUCCCAGGACUACCAUCAACUGGGAUCUCUUCGCUACGCUAGCCGGCUUUUGGGAAGAUUCUGCAAUGGACAACAUCGACGAGGAAUAUGACCGGCUUGUCGAACACCUUCACGACUGCGCGAAGAAGGCUGAGAGUUUUAAAACCACCAGGAGGCGCCUGUCUCUUGAAACUCUUGAGCUGAUACGCCAGCGUGGAGCAGCACGAGCCGCAGGGAACCAAGAACUCACGUCCGAGCUCGCAAGGCUUUGCCGAGAGGCGAUAAAGGAAGACCUUAAAGAGAGAAGAGCAGAAGUGCUGGCUGAAGCUGCAGAGGCGGGGAAAAGCAUCCGCUAUGCCCGUCGAAACUUCGCCAGUCGCAAGACGAGGAUGACUGCUCUCCGGAACCCAAAGGGAACAGCCAUUGCAUCGAGAAGGGGGAUGGAGAAAAUCAUCUACGACUUCUACUCCGAUCUCUUCGACAGCCAUGUCCACUUGCCUCCUCACCAUCUGAGGGAAGAUGGACAAGUCAUUCCAGAGGUUCUCCCGUCCGAAAUACGACAUGCUAUCAUGUCGGUGAGAAAUCGUACGGCACCCGGUCCCGACAGAAUAAGACCAGAACACCUGAAGAGCCUUCCGCCAGUACUCAUCAACACCCUGGCGAGGCUCUUUACACGUUAUCUGUCGGAAUGCAAGGUUCCUAAACAGUGGAAGACCAGCAAGACCGUGUUGUUGUAUAAAAAGGGAGAUCCACAUGACAUCGGCAACUAUCGCCCAAUCUGCCUACUGUCCGUCAUCUACAAGCUCUUUACAAGAGUAAUCCUUAAUAGGAUUGAAAAAGUCUUGGAUGAAGGACAGCCAUGCGAGCAAGCAGGGUUUCGAAAAGGAUUCAGCACGAUUGACCACAUUCACACUGUUUCGAAACUCAUCGAGGUAUCACGAGAGUACAAGAUGCCGCUCUGUCUCACCUUCAUCGACUUAAAGAAGGCUUUCGACUCGGUUGAGACGGAAGCGGUCGUGGAAGCCUUGGACAACCAAGGCGUCCCUACUCAGUAUACAAAGCAUCAGCCAAGCGAAACGAAUGCUGACCGAAUUCGACGAAACAUGUGGAUGCAUCGGUCUUCAGCUGAACCUACAAAAGACGAUGUUCAUGCGGAACGGAUGGGUCUCGGAUGCCCCAUUCACGCUCAACGGAACGAACAUAUCCGAAUGCACCAGCUACGUUUAUCUGGGUCGGGAACUGAACAUGAUGAACGACCUGACCCCGAGCUGGGCAGGAGGAGACGAGCGGCUUGGGGAGCGUACAAGAGCAUCGAGGAUGUAGUGAAGAAGACCAGGAACACCCGGCUCCGUGCUCACCUCUUCAACACCACCGUACUUCCUGCUUUGACCUAUGCUUCGGAAACCUGGGCAUUUCGCAAGCAGGAAGAAAACGCGGUGAGCGUCAUUGAACGCGCAAUUGAGAGAGUGAUGCUAGGAGUAUCCCGUUUCACGCAAGUGAGGGACGGGAUUCGAAGUUCUCUCCUACGUCAGCGAUCGAAGAUUAGAGACGCCGCCGCGUUUGCCAAGGAAAGUAAAAUAAGGUGGGCCGGACACGUGAUGCGCUUUGACGACAACCGUUGGACCAGAGCCGUGAGCGACUGGGUUCCCCGCGAUAUUAAGCGCACUACAGGAAGACCGCCGACCCGAUGGUCAGAUUUCUUCACGAAGUCCUUGAAAGAAAAAUAUGAUGCUCUUCGUGUCCCACGCGAAAGGAGGAACCACUGGGCUACUCUGGCACGCGAUCGGGACAAAUGGAAGAAUUACUGGCGCCCGCUCGACCAGUUCGAAGAUCAACGGGAGUCAAGAUUUUACACACCACUCAAGUUCACCAUCUACGCGAAUUGCAAAGGCGAUCAUUGCAUUUUGGAGGUCCAGCUGUGGACGGUGAAUGUGCGGGCCAUCCUGCAUGUGGCAAAGCGCGACAAGUUAAAACAUAGUCUUACUGCCGCUCUGGGGUCCACGAAUAUGACGGAGUCUGAGAAUGUUGCUCCUUCUGCCGCUGGGGAAAGUGUGAACGAGAAAGUUGUUAGACAACUUGAGUACUAUUUUGGCAACAUUAACCUUCCAAGAGACAAAUUUCUUCAGGAUAGUAUGAAACAGGACGAGGGAUGGGUUCCAAUCAACACCUUACUUACAUUCAAUCGCCUUGCUGCCAUCACCACUGAUGCUGACCUGAUCUCUAAUGCCGUAAAGGCAUCAAAUUCUGAUAUAAUCAGUGUUUCUGAAGACGGUAUGAAGAUUCGUCGUAAUAUUGGGAACCCACUGCCUGAAAAUUCUUUAGAGUACUGGCAAAAAAUUAAGCAUUGCACUGUUUACAUGAAAGGCUUUGAGCAGAAUACUAGCCUUGACGAUAUUAUGACUUUUGCUAAAAAGUAUGGACAGGUCGAAAAUGUUUUGAUGCGACGUACCAAGCCUGACCGCAUAUUCAAAGGGUCAGUUUUCAUCACCUACAAGACUAGAGAAGAGGCUGAGAAGGCACAGAAAGACGAUGCAAAGUUUGGUGAAAUAGAACUGACAAAAAUGAUGCAGGAUGACUACUGGACUAUGAAGAAUCAGGAGAGCAAACAAAAACGUCAAGCCGAGAAAAUGGCGAAGACAGCCAAGAAGGCGGCAGAACAUGCAGAAAAGCUCCAAGCCAAGGUUAAUGCCCACUUCGUGAAAGGCUUAGUCUUGUCCAUUGAUGGACUUCCUGAAGAUUCAACCGUGCCAGGAAUCAAAGAGUUCUUCAGAAAGUUUGGCGACGUUGGUUAUGUUGUAUAUGAAAGUGGUCAAAGUAAAGCAGAAAUUCGGUUCUCUGGGGAAGAAAAUGGAGCGCAAGAGGCGUGGGAUAAAGCAGUUGCCGCUGGAACAGAAGGAAAAGUUUUUUUUCAGGAGAAGGAGCUCACCGGAAAGGUCCUAGAAGGAGAGGAUGAGGAGAGGUACUGGACAGCAUUCAAUGCUAGCAAACAGAACAAAAUGGACAGGAGAAGCGCACGGCGAGGAGGGCGAGGGGGCCGAGGACGUGGUGGUUUUGGUGCCCAAAGAGGACAGAAGCGCCAUGCUGACGGAGAUGAUGCUCCCAAAAGCAAGAAAAUUGUAUUCGAGGACGACGACGGUAAUGCGAAAUCAAAACCAAUUGAAGAUUCCAAAACCGAGGAGUCAAAGCCGGCAGAAGCUUGA